GAGGGCCAACCCAGGGAAUACUACACUUUGGAUUCUAUCUUGUUCCUGCUCAACAAUGUGCACCUUUCACAUCCUGUUUAUGUCCGCCGUGCUGCAACUGAAAACAUUCCUGUGGUAAGAAGACCUGAUAGGAAGGACUUGCUUGCGUACCUAAAUGGGGAAACAUCAACCUCAUCAAGCAUAGACAGAAGCGCUCCACUAGAAAUUGGUCUUCAGCGGUCCACUCAAGUUAAAAGAGCAGCAGAUGAAAUAUUAGCAGAAGCAAAGAAACCAAGAAUAGAGGAUGAAGAGUGUGUGCGCCUUGACAAGGAGCGGUUGGCAGCUCGGUUGGAGGGACACAAAGAAGGUAUCGUGCAAACGGAGCAGAUCAGGUCCUUGUCUGAAGCCAUGUCAGUGGAAAAAAUUGCUGCUAUCAAAGCAAAAAUCAUGGCAAAGAAAAGAUCCACUAUCAAAACUGAUCUGGAUGAUGACAUAACUGCUCUUAAACAGAGAAGUUUUGUUGAUGCAGAAGUGGAUGUAACCAGAGACAUUGUCAGCAGGGAGAGAGUAUGGAGGACAAGAACUACGAUCUUACAAAGCACAGGCAAGAACUUCGCCAAGAAUAUUUUUGCAAUUCUUCAAUCAGUGAAAGCCAGAGAAGAAGGCCGAGCACCUGAGCAAAGACCUGCACCAAAUACAGCACCAACGGAUCCCACUUUACGAAAUAAGCAACCUAUUCCAGCUGCCUACAACAGAUACGAUCAGGAAAGAUUCAAAGGCAAAGAGGAAACGGAAGGCUUUAAAAUUGAUACCAUGGGUACCUAUCACGGGAUGACUCUGAAGUCUGUAACGGAAGGGGCUUCUGCUCGAAAAACACAAGCUCCAGCAGCACAGCCCGUACCACGACCAGUUUCUCAAGCAAGACCACCUCCAAACCAGAAAAAAGGAUCUCGAACUCCCAUAAUCAUUAUUCCGGCAGCAACAACCUCUUUAAUAACGAUGCUUAAUGCAAAGGACCUUCUGCAAGAUCUAAAGUUUGUACCAUCAGAUGAAAAGAAGAAACAAGGCUGUCAACGAGAAAAUGAAACUCUAAUACAGAGAAGGAAGGACCAGAUACAGCCAGGGGGAACUACAGUCAGUGUUACUGUACCUUAUCGAGUAGUAGACCAACCUCUGAAGCUUAUGCCACAAGACUGGGAUCGAGUGGUGGCAGUGUUUGUACAGGGUCCUGCUUGGCAGUUCAAAGGCUGGCCUUGGCUCUUGCCUGACGGAUCACCUGUUGAUAUCUUUGCAAAAAUUAAAGCUUUUCAUCUCAAAUACGAUGAAGUACGUCUGGAUCCAAAUGUACAGAAGUGGGAUGUAACAGUGUUAGAACUAAGCUACCACAAAAGACACUUGGACAGGCCAGUAUUCCUACGCUUCUGGGAAACUUUGGACAGGUAUAUGGUAAAGCACAAAUCUCACUUGAGAUUCUGAAUCCUUCAGCUGCCAUUUAUUUCCUGAAGUAUGAAUUGAGAAAAGUGAAAGAGGCUCCAGUUUGGAGACCAGAGCUGGCACUAUAUGAUAUGUCGAGAACUUUACAAAUGAAGAAGGGUCACAGUUUAAUCUUUUUAUAAAAUCUUGUUUGGAUGCUUCAUGCUAUGGCAGGUUGAUAACCUGUUGUUCUUCAGAAGCAAAGGGGUUUUGCUUAAAACUAUUUUUUUAAUGUUGUUAGCCUUCUAGUCUGCAAUCCAAAUUGUAUAUUUUGAUAGCAGCAGUUUCUUCUCUGUUUUGUUAAAUUAGCCACAUUUUAAAAUAAUGUGUUUUGUUCCUUAUUAGAAAAUAGAUUGAUCUUCACUGCAGGUUACAAAUGUGAGCGUGUGCACACGUGCGCACGUGUGUGUGUAUAUAUGUGUGUGUGUGUCUAUAUAUAUAAUGUAUAAAAAAAAAUUAUAGACACACUAUGCACACAUAGAUGUUACCAGGCUUUCUAAACCACUUAGCUUCUGAGCUUAUUUUUGGUUUUCUUUGCUUAUUGUUUCACUUACUGACAAUAUUUUGUUGUGAAUGAUACUACAUUUUAGUCAAUAGGACUUGCAAACUGAGCAAAGUGAAAAUUCUUUUGGAUAAAUCAAAAUGUCAACCUGUAUAUGUAUAUCCUGUCAGUCUUUGUUGAAAAAGGGAAGAUGAAAAAAAUCUAGAAAUGCUUUUUUGGAUUUGCAAUGUCCCAGUUUACUAAAUCUUUAAACUUUAUUAUAGGAGUACCUUCAAGUCAUGUUACUUCAAAUUGCCAUUCUCCAUGAAGAUCUCUUUAUUUAAACUGAAAGUGUGCAUGUGUACAUUCCCAUCUAUAAAAACACCUUUACAUAUGAGUCUAAAUGUUACUUAGAUUAAACAAUGAAGAGAGAAGGAGAGAGUCUGGAUUUUUUUUUUUCCUGAAAUGGUCACCACAAGGAAUUAAUAAUUUCAACUUUUUGCAUUUUAUACCUCUGAUACCACCUCUAAUAUUGUUAGCCCAGACUAUGUCUACAGGAAUUCUCAUUUUCUGAGAUGAGUGGCUAAUACGGCCUCCUAACAGUCCUGCAUUGGAAUGCAAAAUGAGCCUACUUCAAUUACCAAAGAACAGAUUUGCUUGAUCUACAGUAUAACAGACACCAGAAGACCCCCUGGUAUUUGUGUGAAUUUGUGGUAUCUCUGUACUUAAUAAGAUUAAGUUGAUGUUGCAAACCAGUGGAUGUAGAGAAUUAUCAAAUACUGUAACACCCGCAUGAAUUUUUUUCUGGGAUAGAAAAUAAGUGUUUAUAUUCCUGUUCUUGAAAUGCCCAACCAUGUUUUUUAAUAUACUUUACAUUUAAGGUUUGAUGAAAGUAAAACGUUCUACCUGUUCUUCAUUUUUGCUUUUUAUUUGAUGUUACCUUCACUUUUAAUAAAACCAGAAGGCACAUCUCCUUAAGAGGUUUUUUAAAUUUUCUUAAAUUUAUGAGGAGUGUGAGGUCUGACUUCUAGUUACAUGUUCCAAUCCCUGCUGUACCAAGACUAUUUUUAAAUGGUCUUAACGGAAAUGUAAAAAAAAACAA